AUGUCGCAUCUCGAACACAUAGCGACUUUUCUCGAUGAAGAAGUGACAAGAAUAACAGACCCGACAACGGCUCCUACCGGGGUCCCCCCUGACAUCGUCGAUCUAGUCAAUGCAGAGAUCGCCAGACGCAGGGCAGAUAAGACAGACACGACAACAAGAGACUUUGUAGCGCGCAAAGUGUACCAGCUAGCACACCGCAAGAAAUUGACCCUUUUCAAGUGCAUAGUGCACGAUAUACAAACGAACAACGCACUCAAGAAGACCGAGAUCGGCGACUCCAUCGGGGCCAUUAGCACUUCGAACUUGAAAACCCUCAUUGAAAAUAUAUACAAACUACCAAGCCUGACAGAUCUCGAUACAACAGGUACACAGGAAAUACAAUCACUCAGGGAGUACUUGGUUCUGCGCAAGGAAUUGAUGGCACAAUGCACAGCGAUUGAAAUUGGGGGAUCCAAAUUGAAAGAGUUGCGAGAGCAAAAUGCGGAGGUAGAGUUACUGCGGAGGUCAAUCUUGGAGACCACGGGCUCCGAUGAUAUUGUUCAGUACCUGAAAACGUACCAUUCCAAACUUGUAAUAGAGUUGAAGGAAUUAACUUUGACACUGGAAGAGAAGAUCAAAUCCUCGAAUCAGUCCCCGGCCCAACUAGAGACUUUGCGAACGAUUCUAAAAGAAUUGCAAGAUUAA